UCAAAAUGAUCCGCAGUCCUCCAGCGAAGUGGACAAUAAUACAAAAGAUUCCAUGCCUUCGCCGUGAAGUUCGAUCUUUAUUAAAAAUUUUGCCCUAAUUGAUUCGUUCUUGACAUGAAGCAGUACAUGAAAUUGAGUCGUGCCCGUAUAACUCAAUCGGUAUGUUGUCGUAGUUCUUGUCCUGAAGAAGUGAAGUGCGGUUUCGGACCAACUACCAUCGGUCCAUCUCUGUGAGCGGGCUUUUGUUGAACUCAGUCUAUGACAGACUGUUCGGGAUCAAGAAGAUGAAGAUAUAUCAUCAUGAUCGUGGCCCACGGUGCAUAAACAUUCGAGAUCAUGAUGGAACAUUGUUAUUUUUUGAAUAUCGACGACGCGGUCACUUUGCCUCGCGAUACAUAUUUAUUGUGAUGGUCCUCUCGUCUGUGUUAUAUCUAAACUUAGGAACGAGAUUUAGGAAGGACGUUUUUUAGCAAAGAGGGAGUCUUUCCAUCUAGCAAUCUUCCGGUUCAGAGUGUCUUUCUAGCAAGCAAGCAGAAUCUUCAACGAUGCCUAGUGACUUUUCGCCCUCGAAAUUUGCUUCGUCCCCCCUCCUUGGUGGAGGCGAUGGGGGCCCUUCGUCUACUGCUCUGGCUCAGAAAUCCACUGCAUCUCCUGUUCUGAGUCACUUUUUCGCUGAUGAAGCUUGUCCUCAGAUGGACAAUAACUAUACGAAAGAAGAAGAACAAGAGGACGAAGUCGCUAGCGGAUCUUCAGAUGAAGAGGAGAAUCUCCAGGACGAAGACGUGGCAAUUGAUCAAAGGAUCACUCCCAGCAUGUCGAGGACAACGCUCGUCAAGUCGUCGAAGAUAAAUUGAAGACGAGCAGGAACAAGACAAGGUGGCUGCUCCAGCUAUGAAGAAACGUAAGAUGAAUCCGGAGGUAGCGAAAGCUCGGGCAGCCAAGGCCGAACAAAAGAAACAGGAGAAAGCGGCUGCUGCGCAAGCGAAAAAGGAUGGAAAGAUCGUGAACGAGCAGGCGAAACAAAAGGAGCAAAAUCUGAAAGCCAUCAUCAAAAGGAUCAGCGACACCAUCAAAAGUGGCAUGAAGGGGAAGAAAGAGAUGUACCACUGUACUUUUAUGUUGUAUCCACUAGUAACAGCGAGAAAUAACUUCAUCUAUAUUUUUCUUGUAAGAAGAUGAUAAGCCUGUUUGUAUUUUGGUUAAAGAAUUUUUUACGUACUUCCUUUUUUUAUGCUACUUUUGCAGGGUGAACUGCUACAGGACGUAUUCGGUCCCCGGCAAGACUUUGCACUUUAAUAUUUCCACGUCGACGUUCGAGGUGGUAUUUUCCGGGCACACCCUGAAGAAAAAGCGCGAUGGAAGUGAGGCAACACUAAGCCUGGGACCAGGACAAGUUCAGGAUCUUUUCGGUACCACUCGUUUCUGAUGUAGUUAUUUGUUGUACUUAGAUAUAUUAUAAUUUUAAUCUGCUUUUUCCAUUGCAUUCUUGAUUAUGAUCAUAUGUGGCAGUGGAAAACUUCCUUAAUAUGCUCUUGCGUCGUGGACCGAAGAUGACCGUCACUCCUUCUUUUGGAAACAAACUACUCGACAGGGCGAGCUAUUAUUAUGUUAUCUCACACUUCAGGUAAGACCAAGUGCAAAAGUGGCUCGAUGUACGCUCAGUUUGAGAUUUGUUCUGCGAAUAUCACGUACGACUAUCUGCACAACGAGCUGAAAAUGACCUGCAAAACGACUGAAACCUUCUAACGGCUAAAAAUUUUCGUCGUCUUCGUCUGCUUGCGAAUUUCACCUUUCAAUAUGAGAAAGACAAAAUAUUUAUAAGUCAGUUGUAAAAGCCCUGGAUCGAAGAUGAUGAUCACAAUCGGUGUCGGUCCGUCCUCAGCGAGAUCAUAGCUUAACUUUACAAUCCCUGUUUAUUCUUAAAAACAACUCGACAACCGCAGAAAAUAUUUCAGCAGAUAAGAUACUCCAUGAACAAAUUGCAGUAAUAAAAGUUAGUAUGUUCAUCCUUCCUAUGAGCAGUCUGUGGUUUGUAAUAGCCACAUGCACACGAUAAUGAUUCACCACUGGCAGUUAUUUACUCAUCUCACCCAUGUCUCAAACAAUUUGCCUCUCUGAUCAUACUACAGAUUUUUCUAAUAUAUCAGGUGUUUGUUGAGCUUAUUUUUUGCAUGCCAGGUAUGGGCAGCAGCCUGACUAGGUUUUCUCGCUUAAGACCCGUCAAAAAACCUUCAUACUUGAUAGAUCCAUAUACUUAUUCAACAACACGAAGCAGUAGUCGAAGUGCUGUUUUGCGUUUUCUUAUUCUGCCAAUGUGGCAGGAUAAACAUGGAGUCUCAGUUCCUGUGUAGUAAGCAAAAAGAAAGAGAAACCACGGAAGCAGAACUGGCAUGUCGCAGGACUUACCCACCAUGAUGUUGACCGGAAAUGAUUUGAACUAUUUCUCGCAAAGUCGAUGAACGAUGCACCUGGACUGAAU